AUGGGGUUCCUGGCCCUCCCCCAGUUUCGUUACCAUGGACCGUGGGUGCAGAUGCUGAUUGCUGGUCUCGGUGUUGGCUCUUCAGCGGGCAUCUACGUUGCGCUCAACCUUCUUGGAGCUGGUGGUGGGAAGCCGGACUCAGCGCAAGUAGUUCAGGUUGUAAAUGCGACAUUAUGUGCAGUUUGGUUCUUCUCGUCCUCUUUUGGCGGCUCAAUCCUGAAUAAGCUCGGGCCCGGUCUGACAAUGUGCAUUGGUGUCCAGACCUACGCUGUGUACGUUGGGUCUCUCUGGUAUUACGAUGAGACGGGUAAGACGGGCUACCCUUAUGCCGCUGGCCCUAUCAUCGGCAUUGGCGCAGGUAUGGUCUUUAUCACUGCGGGCUAUGUUGCGACAGGAUAUCCGGAAGAAAGAGAAAAGGGGUCUUAUGCGACCAUCUUGAUGAACAUGCAAGCGCUCGGGUCCGUCAUUAGUGGCAUCAUUCCGGUCAUCAUCAACAGAAAAUCGGACACUGUUGCUGGCGUACCGCGAUCAGUGUAUAUCGCCUUCAUCACGAUUAUGGUCAUCGGCGGUCUGCUAUGUCUGGCUUUGCUUCGGCCACACAAGCUCACCAGAGAUGAUGGCUCUGUCGUUGCUGUUGAUCGACCAAGAGGAGCUUGGGAGGAGUUGAGAUCCAACCUGCGGGUCUUCACCGACCCUGUCCUUCUCAUGAUGUUACCCGCGUUCUUGCCAGCUGAGGGAUUCUUGGUAUACAGUGGAUCGGUCAAUGCCUUCAAUAACAACCUCCGCACCCGUUCACUGCUUUCGUUCAUUGCUGUCGUUAUGCAAAUACCAGCAGGAUGGAUCUUGCAGUAUGUUCUUGACUACCCUGGGUGGGGUCGUCGCAAGCGCGGACUCAUCGGUCUGACUGGCGUGUGUAUACCUCUAGUAAUUGCGUGGGUUUGGGAAAUGAUUCGCACCCGUAACUAUGAUCGCAACAAUCCGCCCACCAACCCUACAGACUGGGACGAGCUCAAAUUCGGUUGGGUGUUUUUCCUUUUUAUGCUAAACUGGGUCUUCUCACAGUUGUGGCACAACAUAGUCUACUACUGGAUUGGUGCCCUCACGAACUCCCCCCAGAAGCUCACACAUUAUGUCGGCGUCUUUCGCGGCGUGCUCGGCGCAGGAGAAGCAAUCUGCUUCGGCCUCGACAGCAUCAAAAUCCCGUUCAUCGCCGAGGCAGGCGGCAUCUUGCUAUUUUACUUGAUGGGUAUCGCGAGUUUCUACUACCUGGGAUUCUAUCACAUGACAGACACCAAUUACAAUCGUGCCGAGGAGGGCGCGGUAGUACCAAACCAUAUCCUGGAGCAAGAAGGCAUCACUUCAGGCCACGAAGUCGUUAUUCGAGAUCGAGAAGCGAAAGAGGGGUAUGUUGCGGAAACCGAAAAGGACGGAUCCAGUAGCGGAGAAAAGGUCUGA